CUUUCGGGUAAAAGUGUAGAGUCAUUACGACGCCGCGAGAGGAAAGCCGCCCGUCGCUCCCCCGCCCGUCCUCGCUCCCACUCCCAAGCUUAAAAGGAAGAAUCGAAGGAGAAAAGGCCUCGCAAGAUGUCGUCGGCGCUGUUCGGAGGGAGCGCUCGGUCCAGCAGCAAGAAUCUGGUCGAAUUCAGGGCCGGGAAGAUGUACAUGAAGGGCAACAUGGUCCAUCCCGACAAGAGGAAGGGGCAGGUGUACUUGUACCAGGCGGACGACGCCCUGAUGCACUUCUGCUGGAAGGACCGAGGCACGGGGACGGUCGAGGAGGACCUGAUUAUCUUCCCUGAUGACUGCGAGUACAAGCGGGUGAGCCAGUGCACAACUGGACGUGUGUUCGUCCUCAAGUUCAAGUCUUCAAGCCGUCGUCUCUUCUUCUGGCUGCAGGAGCCCAAGAGUGACAAAGACGAGGACAAUGCCCGCAAGGUCAAUGAGCUGCUCAACAACCCCCCAACACCCAAUUCGCAGAGAUCAACAGGCUCCACCCCCAACCCAGUCCUGAGCUCGGACAUCUCCAACCUGCGAGAGUCGGACAUCCACAAUCUGUUUGGCAACAUCUCGCAGCAGCAGUUGAUGCAAAUUCUGGGCAGUGGCAUGUCCAGCCUUGCCACGCUGCUUGGCCCAGGUAGGUCUGGCAGCGGUGGGAGCCGCAGUGGCAGUGGAAACAGCAGCAGUACUACCUCGACAACGACCAGGGCAUCCACCACCCCCUCUACCACCACCACCUCUACCCCAGCUCCCACCCCAGCUCAGGACUCAGCCCCAGGGAGCAACACGGAAACUAGCAGUGCUACCUCAGCAUCUGGAAAUGUUGUGCCGAUCCAGUUGUCGGACUUGCAGAACAUUUUGUCAGGGAUCUCUGUACCCCCUGAUGCCUCUGGGUCACCACGAGUUCCAGUGGAUUUGAGUUCAGCCAUGACGGCUGAAGCUUUGCAGCCAAUCCUGACCAACGAAGACUUUGUCAACCAGCUGCGCCCAUAUCUUCCAGCUACAUCUGAUGGACUGCCGCCCACUGAGCAGCUGCGGGGCACGGUCACGUCCCCCCAGUUCCAACAGGCUGUAAGCUUGUUCAGCAGUGCUCUGCAGUCUGGGCAGCUAGGUCCGCUGAUCAACCAGUUCGGCCUGGGUGAAGACGCCGUGCUGGCCGCUGCUUCCUGCGACAUGGAAGCAUUCAUCAAGGCUCUGGGCAAGAAGAAGAACAAGGAAGAAGGGAGUAAAAAGGAGGAGGAGAAGAAGAAAGAAGAGAAGGGCAAAGACCAGGACAAGGAUGAAGAUGAUGCCAUGUCUGUGGACUAACAGACUUCCUUGCAAGGGCAUUGCAGAUGACCUCAGACUAGAGUUCAAUAUUUUAUGGGUUAUUUUAUAACAUAGGAACUUUUUCAAUAAUUAUUUUUCUUUAUUCAGAAGUUGGCCAGUGCAAUGUUCCUGUAUGUUGUGUAUGGUGGCAUGUGGCAUGUAAGAUUAAUAAUAAUGAUAAUAAUAAUAAUAAUAAUAAUAAUUAUAAUUAUAAUUAUAAGUAAAUCUGUUUCCUACAGAGCAAUGCCAUUAGGAAGGCAAGUUAAAUUUUAAUGCAUCCUUGCCUCCACAUUUCUAUGCAUUUGAGAACUUAUAAAGACUUUAUGUUUGGUUAGUGAUUUCUUUUUACCCCAAGCGUGUGUUGUUGUGUAGGUAAGACUUGAACCACCACUCACUUGACUGAUGUAUGGACAGUUAAUGUUUCCCAGUGUAAACUAAGAGAUUUUCUUUAUUUUCCUUUUGUAACUCAAUAUAGCAAACUACGCAAUAUGAAAUGUACACAUCAGGUCUGUCUUAGUCUUUUUGGAGAAGUUUGACUAUUUUGCAAGUUAUUGCCAUGUUAUUUGAUUUAUCAGAGAAGGAUUUCUUUUCAUGAGCCAGCUGUUAAUGACUGUAUAGAUUAUGCUCUUUCAUUGGUUUACAUCUUUCUACUCCUGAUAAUAAAAUGUCCAUAGACAA